UCGCGGCGCGUUAGGCGCGAGCUGAACACCAAGCGGUUAUUCUUCAUGCGGUGUUCACGGGACGUUUCCUUCUGGGCUGUCAAGGAAACCGUAGUGCGGGAAAAGGUCACAUCGGCGUCACAUAGCGGGGUUACUCGUUAGAUAGCGGGGUGCGGGGUUACUCGUUAGAUAGCGGGGUGCGGGGUUACUCGUUAGAUAGCGGGGUUACUCGUUACAUAGCGGGGUGUGGGGUUAGUCGUUAGAUAGCGGGGUUAGUCGUUAGAUAGCGGGGUUACUCGUUAGAUAGCGGGGUGCGGGGUUACUCGUUAGAUAGCGGGGUGCGGGGUUACUCGUUAGAUAGCGGGGUUACUCGUUACAUAGCGGGGUGCGGGGUUAGUCGUUAGAUAGCGGGGUGCGGGGUUACUCGUUAGAUAGCGGGGUGCGGGGUUACUCGUUCGUCAUGCUUUACUUCGUCGGUCUGGGGUUGGGAAAUGCUAAAGAUAUCACGGUAAAGGGACUAGAAGUCGUCCGACGGUGCUCCCGAGCCUACCUGGAAGCCUACACAUCAGUUCUGACCGUGGGCAAAGAGGCAUUGGAGUUUUAUGGCCGGGAGCUGAUCCUGGCUGACAGAGAGCUGGUCGAGCAGCAGGCGGAGGAGAUCCUGAAGGGGGCCGACAUCAACGAUGUGGCCUUUCUAGUGGUGGGAGACCCGUUUGGUGCCACCACCCACAGUGACCUGGUCCUGAGAGCAGUGAAUGCUGGGAUACCGUACAAGGUCAUCCACAAUGCCUCCAUUAUGAACGCUGUGGGCUGUUGUGGGCUGCAGCUGUACAACUUUGGGGAGACUGUAUCCAUCGUGUUUUGGACUGACACUUGGAAACCUGAAAGUUUCUACGACAAGAUCAGGAAGAACCGGGCCAUGGGGAUGCACUCUCUCUGCCUGCUGGAUAUCAAAGUCAAAGAGCAGACCAUUGAAAACCUGAUGAGAGGGCGGAAGAUCUACGAGCCCCCAUGGUACAUGACAGUCAACCAAGCAGCAGAGCAGCUCCUGGAGACUGUCCAGAAGAGGAAGGAGCUUGGAGAGGAACCGGCUCUGAGCGAGGACACCGUCUGCGUGGGUCUGGCCCAGAUUGGUGGUGAUGACCAAGUCAUCCAGACUAUGACUCUACGUCAGGUGGCAUCAUGUGACCUGGGCCCUCCCCUGCACUCCCUAAUCAUCACCGGUCAGCUCCACCCACUGGAGGUGGACAUGCUCCGUCUGUCUGCUGUACCCGAUGCACUUGCAUACCUUACAGUGACUAAUGGCUCCACCUCCUAACACUCUUGUCUGUCCACUGUAAGGACAGAACAGAACCACAGAAAUAAGGAACCUGCCAAACCCUGCUGUUCAUGUGAUAACACGAUAUAAUAAAAUGUGCAAACUUCAA